GUUGGAUCCAUGGAGACGCGCUUUCAAGGUUUUCUUGUUUGUGUUCUUCUUGUCCGCCCUCCGUGGCGCUAAGCAAGCUAACGUGUAGGUUUACUAAGUAAUGCUAGCGACUAGUAGCGUUCACCCGAACCAAGAUCAACGAUCUACACGUGCAAAAACUACUGCACGAGUGCCUCAGCUCAAGCUGUUUGAAUUAAUAUUUGAAUGAAGUGAUAGUUGCUUUCGGCUGAUCCAAACGAUCUGAACGACAAAGGCGAAUACUACAAAUUUGUGUAGUACUAGGGCAUCAGGGUAACACAAAACGAUAGUCUGAGGCACUACUAGGGUCCCGAGUACCCUUGGUUCAGUUGAGUCUGCAUCACGACUGGUAUUGGCCAGGUGGUGGCAUCGUAAACGAAAAAUGGCCUGUGCGAAGAAUGGUACUCGGGACCGGCGAAAUGUACCUCUCUCAGAACAGCUCGCCACCUUGUCACAGAAGCAGAAAGAAAUGCGUGAGCAAGGAUUGAACACUACACGCCCAGUGGCAGUGAUCUACGAUGAAGGAUUGACAGCUCACAAACCGUUUUUUAAACACCAACUAGCACAGCCCGAGGUGCCGUUACGGGUGGAGACCGUCAUCCAAACCUUGUAUAACUCUUCGUCGUUGCACAAGUGUGAUUUCUUGCCAGGACGGCAUGCCACACGGGAUGAGCUUCUCAGAGUUCACACAGAGGCACAUUUAGAUCUCCUGGAAUCGUUCCCACAUUUAAGUGACCAAGGUAUUAUGGAGGAGGAGAAGAAACACGACUCAAUAUAUAUUUCAAGAGACACCUAUCCUAACAGUGUUUUGGCGGCUGGAUGCACUUUGGAGGCAACAGAACGUGUUUUAACCAAGAAGAACACUCAUGCCGUCGCUGUUGUCAGACCCCCUGGCCACCAUGCGUCGGCAGACAAACCGUCUGGAUUCUGCUUUCUCAACAAUGUGGCCAUCGCGGUUCGCCAUGCACAGCAGUCUGGUGUCCAGCGGAUUCUCAUUCUUGACUGGGACAUUCACCAUGGAAAUGGAACACAGUCCAUUUUUGAAAAUGACCCCAAUGUACUCUUUAUAUCACUGCAUCGCUACGAUAAUGGACUAUUUUAUCCAAACACCAAGUAUGCUGGCCCACAAUCUGUUGGAACUGAUGCCGGUGCAGGAUACUCAGUUAAUAUUGGUUGGAACGAGAGUGGUCUCCAUGACGCGGACUACAAAUAUGCGUUUGAGAGCGUAGUUUUGCCAAUCGCCAAGUCGUUCAACCCUGAGCUAGUUUUCGUAUCGGCUGGUUUUGACGGAGCAGACGGAGACCCACUUGGAGUCUGUAAGUUGAAGCCGCGGAUCUACAGCUACAUGACCUUAGAGAUGAUGAACCUUUCACAAUCUGGAGUCAUCUUGGUUCUUGAGGGUGGUUAUAACUGUACAUCCACUGCCAACUGUAUGACAGCUUGCGUGGACACUCUGCUCACCAAGAAGGCUCCUUCAUUUGUGCGGAACUCACGUAAACCCACUAGACGUACCAUUGAGUCGGUCAAUGCUACGAAAGCCCACCAGCGGGCAUACUGGUCGGCCUUACCGGCAACAGAUGAUCCAGUGGGUGAUUCUCCAGCCGCAUCGCCUAUCAACGGCGAUGAGACGCCUGAGCUACGAAGAACCCCUGAAAGUGAAGGCGAAGCUGAAGGUGCGACCGACGAAGAAGCGCAAGAAAAAGCGCAAGCGUCAUGCGCAGCUGGCGGCGGGGCGGAGGCCGGGGUCUCCGUUCUGCUAGCCAGCAAGGCUAUGGUUGAUGCUGCAACCGCCGCCACUUCUGCAUCUGCCGCUGCGUGCGCCGACUCUGAGGGUGCUGCUGCUCGUGCUAAGAAGAGCCCACUGGAGUUGACUAUGGCUCUUCUUGCUGAGCUACAGCUGGAGGAGUCCGGUGGCCAGAAGGGCUUCCACGUGUACCCCAAACCUGACUGUCCGCAUGUCGAGUCUCUGCGUGAAGACUUUCCUGAUCCCAUCGACCUCAGACACCCAUGUGAGAAGUGCGACGAGACAUUUGAGAACUGGAUGUGUCUUGGCUGCCAUGCGAUUGCAUGUGGUCGUGAAGUCAAGGCUCACAUGCUAGAGCAUAAUCGGACUAAUCCGGAUCACCCACUGGUGGUCAGCUUUGCCGACUUGUCUGUGUGGUGCUAUGACUGCGACAGCUACAUCGAUCGAAUGCAGCGCCUGAGGCCUAAGCUGGAAGCACUGCACCAGGUCAAGUUUGGAGUGAAGGCCUUUGAAGUACAUGUUCCUAUCUGAACUCCUUAUUGGCCAGCCGGACAGAGCGUGCUCCGGUCUGAACUGAACUAACCAGACAGACUGAGAUCAGACUGAUCUGAUUAAUACUGGCUUACGUUACACUUUCUGUGCCGCGCGCGUGUGUGUGUGUUUUGUGUGUCGUGGAGGUAGCGUAACUGGUCUUGUAGCUGCUGUGGGUACGUGUGGUGGAUGCAGAAUAUCUGCAGUAUCUUGUAUCAUUUCGGCGAUUGUCUUUAGAUUUUUUUGUAGUAACUAAUUGUUUUUAGGUAUCCAUCAGAUUUGUGAUCUUAUCUGCACACGCUGUUGCUCUUCUUUAUCCAGACACUGUAGUAGGAGUGCUGCUGCUGUCUUGCAAGCUGGCUUGCAUAGCGCCAUGAAGCAAACAGCUCCUAAGAAAUAAAAGCCCUUGGUAUGCUUAACGUAUCGUAGAUUCGUAUUACAGCUCAUUGAGAGACGGUUUAAUAGUCCCCCCCCCCCCUAAAUGUAUGCGGUAUUUUCAUUCGCUGCUCCUUCGCUGUGCUAUCGCCUGAACAGAAUAUUCUCAACUACAACCCUUAUACAUUGUAGAUUACUCCGUGUAUUUGGCCAUGCACAAAGAGAUAGAAACCUCCUCCGCUGUGCUGUAGCCUGAACAGAAUAUUCUCAACUAACUUAUAGAUUACACCGCGUAUUUAGCUGCUAUGCGCAGAGAUAUCGGCCUUUUCAGGGGAGAGACCCUUGUAGUGUUAGAACGAUUUCUCCAGUAUUGUGUGAGUGUGUGUGUGUGUGUGUGUGUGUCAUCUUGUGUUGCUCUUUCAUUCUUUUCUUGUUGAUGUUGAGUUGGGUUCAUCAUUGCACUCAGUGUCUACUGUCUUGUCUUGAUUUGUGCCUGACACGAUUUCUUUUGGGUUUGUUUGUGCAAGAUGAAUGGUGUCUGUUGUAGAUUGUGUGAGUUUCAUAAACCCAACUCAUAGUGUUGUUGUUUCUUUAUUUUACUUCACCACGAGUGUA